CGAGACCAGGAAAGGCAGGGGCGGGGCUUGGGGCGGCCCAGCCGACGCCUCGUAUUCUCUCCACUGCUGCGGCGGUGGCGGCGUAAGAGGAGGAGAAGGAGGAGGAACUCUGUACACUCUCUGGCCGCUCUCCGGCCCCAGCUGUAGCCGAAGCUGUAGCCCGCUCCGGGCCGGGGCCAUGGGCGCCCUGCGCUGCCUGGGUCAUGAGGACGGAGGCGGAGGCAGCGGGCCCGACGCUCGAGCCCGGGGACUUUGUGCAGCUGCCCGUGCCCAUCAUCCAGCAGCUCUACCACUGGGACUGUGGCCUGGCCUGCUCUAGGAUGGUGCUGCGCUACUUGGGCCAGCUGGAUGACAGUGAGUUUGAGAGCGCCCUGCAGGAGCUGCAGCUGACCAGGAGCAUCUGGACCAUCGACCUUGCCUAUCUGAUGCGCCACUUUGGUGUGAGGCACCGCUUUUGUACCCAGACCCUGGGUGUCGACAAGGGCUACAAGAACCAGUCCUUUUACAGGAAGCACUUUGACACAGAGGAGACCCGGGUGAAUCAGCUCUUUGCACAAGCCAAGGCCUGCAAGGUGCUGGUGGAGAAAUGCACGGUGAGCAUGCAGGACAUCCAGGCACACCUGGCGCAGGGCCACGUGGCCAUCGUGCUGGUGAACUCAGGGCUGCUGCACUGCGACCUGUGCUCCAGCCCCGUCAAGUAUUGCUGCUUCGCCCCCAGCAGCCACCGUUGCUUCUGCCGCACUCCCGAUUACCAGGGCCACUUCAUCGUGCUGCGCGGAUACAACCGGGCCACUGGGUGCAUCUUCUACAACAACCCAGCCUACGCUGACCGAAUGUGCAGCACCAGCAUCAGUAACUUUGAGGAGGCCAGAACGAGCUAUGGCACAGAUGAGGACAUCCUCUUUGUCUACCUGGACAGCUGACAGCUGAAGCCUCGCGUGCCCAGGCCCUCGGACCCCACCCCCACCCCAGCAGGGCCCACUCAGGAUGUCCUGGCCCAGGCCCGGGGCUGCUGGAGCUGGGAGGUGGAGCUGCAGCCUCAGCCCAUCUGGCAAAGCCCCAGGAACCCCCAGGAGAUUGUGGCAAGGCUUCUGCGCCCACCAGUGCUAUGUGUUGUCAUGCUGCUUACCCUCAGCACCUGCUGGUUGCUGGAACCAUCCUUAAAGCAUCUGACAGGAUCCUUCCCCCAGAAACCCAGGCCUGAUGCCAGCUGUGCCCGAAGAAGUCCAGCCCCAAGGGUGCCAUUGUUGCCUUUGAGCUGGACCCAAGACCAUGGAAAGGCCUAAGCUGGUCUCCUCACCAACACUGUCACCAAGCCUGGAGAGAGAAGUCGCUUGACAGAUAACACUUGUCAAGGACAGCAUCUGGGUGUUGGGAGACAACAUAGCUGACUGCAAGACCCUGGGGGUGAGGACUGUCCCAGGCCCCUGUCUCCUGGAAGUGCUGCAGACCCCCUACCCCCUGUGAUGGAUGCCCUCCACCUCCUCCCAUCUCCCAGUGGGCCUGAGUUUCUGUCACUAGUUAUGGGGCCUCUGGCACAGACACACCUCACAGCCCUCACUCUCCCCUGUGGAGUCCCAGCCCCUGGGGACUCUGAGGCCCCCUACAGCCCUCCAGGUCCUCCAGCCCUGUGGCAUGGAAGGCUCUCAGGGGCUUGAGCUGGGCCUAGGCCCCACUGAUGGGUCUAAUGACCAGCAGCACAGAGUAUGCUCUGGGAAUAAACAGCUGCCUGGGCCCCAAAGAGUCCCCCAACCCAGAAGGCCUCCUGACACCAGCCUAAGUCCUGACAGCAGGGUCCAUCUUCUGAGUGAGGUGAGGGGAGCCCCAGGUCCCUCAGGGCUGAGUGCUAGCACCUGUGUCCCCAAAGCUACAGGGUACCCUGUAGCCGGGCACCCAAUCUGGCAUCACACCAGGGCCUUUUGCACAGAUACUGGCUCUCCUGCCUUGACUGAGAAGUGGGUAUCUGCCCAGGAUCGCACAAUAGCACGUAGCUUCAACAAGCUAUUGCCUUUUUUUUUUUUUCUGGGUGGGGGACUGUUUUUUAGUUUUUAGGGGUUUUGGGAUUUGAUUUUUCAUUUUUGAGGGGUGAGGAUCACCUCCAAGUAAAAUAAUAAUAGCAAGAGUGAAGGUACUUUGGAACCACUAACACCUCUCUUCACAGGGCAGGUAAGCCAGGUCAAGUUCUUUUUCAGAGGAGGAGGCUUGGCUUGUCUGCAUAGCAGGCCUUUCACAUAGACGAGAAAGUGGUCCAGUCUGGGGAGAGUCUGCCUAGCACAGCAGUGGGGCUGGGUCUUACCCCAGGUCUGUACCUAAAAUAAGGGAAAGGGAUCAUUCCUAAAGGGGCUGGGGAUCCCAGCCCCAUGACCUGCCUCUUGCAUGGGAGGACAGCAACACCAUCCCUGCACUCCUGGGUUUUCCUGUGUCCAAGGUGAGGCAAAGGGGCAGGGGUGGGCUCUGCUAAGGAGGGCUGUCAGACCACUGAGCUGUAUGGCAUCAGACAUGACCUUUGGCCUAAAGGGAGAUGCUGCUGUCUGAGCAGCCUAACUGGUGUUGGCAUCAGACACUGGUCUCAUCAACAUUGCCUUAAUGCUGGGUGGCCCAGAGUCCAGGAACUCUGGCUCCAAGCCCAAGAGUACCACACAGAGCAGCUGUGGAGUGUGGGGUAAAAUUGUAAGAAUGGCUGUGUGAAGGGAACCAGUGGGAGGAAGUGACAAGGUCGGGGCAGCUGGCUGUGAGUCAGGCAGAAUGCCCACCCUGCUGAGGCUGCUGUGCGGAGUGGUCACAGCACCAGGACAUGUAGAAAUGCUUAGUCCCUGGGCCCAAAGGACAGCUUUUCAGGGAAACCCACAAGUUAGAGGUCUGUAAGAUUAAUGAAAAAGUUGCCCAUGCCCAAGACCCUCAGCCUGGGGAAGGUCACAGACAGGAUGCAAGCCACACUUGGGUUUUUAGACAAGUCAUAAAAAGACCAGAGAGAGAGCCUAGAUUUCAGGGACUUUCACCCACAGCUGCCCAGCUGGUCCACCCUGGAGCUCAGUGCAGCCUCAGAAGCCAUGAGAAACAGUGGGCUUUGUUCACUCUAGCCACAGGGGGAUGAACGGGAUCUUUUGCAUUGCACAGAUUUUAUACAUAAAUAUAUUUUGUUUGUAAUGAGCCAUUCUGAAUAAACAUUCUCACUGCAAAAAUUCAGUGGCAGCCCCUGGCUGGCCUUCCCACAGCUGCAUUAAUCUGCAGAACUCCUGUCCCCUUCCCAAGUUCUCAGAAUGAACACAGAGGAACCCAGGUCCAUGACUUGCAAUUCCUAGACUUCGCUGGGACUGGGAUUUAGGUUCUUUCCAGGCCCAUGUUCCUUCUGCUGAGGCCUCAAUGUUUGUGCAAGGCCUGGACAAGCAGUGUUGGAGGUAGAAGGGACUUAGGGCUCAGCUCCACCAACUGCACCAAAUGCAAUUGGAGGUGAAUGAGGGAGGUUCUGGGGCAGGUAGGGUGGCGAGUCUAGUUUAGUUGGCUGCCCAAAGCAUGUGGUUGGUAUUCUGUGUGGAGUGGACCAGGGACUUGUGCUGGGAGAGCCCCCUGGAAAUCAAGGGGCCAGCCCAGAGCUGAGAUCUGAGUCCAGAUGCUACACCAGGGCCAAAUACCCAGGGAUAAGAGGGCACACAGGCCGCCCCCUGCUAAUUGUCCAGACUCCUUUGGGGUAGGGUAUGAAGCCCAGCUGCCUAGUAAGCCUGCCAGUCUGUGCCAGCUCAUGAGGCCAACUCUCCCUUGUGCCCCAAGACCCCAGGGGACACCAGAGAACACUGGACACCCAGUGCCAGGCACAGCCCCUGUGGUGUGCCGCAAUUGCGCAUACAAUCAAUGGCUUUGCGCAAUUUCAUUUUCUAUUGCUGCAUGACAAAUUACCAUCAAAACUUAGUAGCUUAAAACAAACAUCUGACAGUGUCUGUGGGUCAUGGAUCUGGGUGCAGCCGAGCUGGUGCCUCUGGCUCAGACUUUUUCAUGUUUCAGUCUCCCGAACACUAGACUAGGCCUGGAGCAUCUGCCUUCAGGGCUACCUAGGACAUGACAGCUGGUGACCUAACAGAGGGAGACAGCCAGAGGGUGCCCAGGAUGGGAGCCACAGUCCUAUAACCUAACUGGAAGUGACACCCUAUCAGGUAUACAGUAUUCUAUUUGCCACGCACAGAGGAGGUGAGCUCCCUGGAGGCCUCUUAGAUGCUGCCUGCUAUGGUGGACAAGGGUGGUUCCACUUAUUAAAGCGUCCCUGCAGACUGUCUUGUCUAGCACGUCCUGAGACUUAACACUCAGCGCACCGAGGGCAGGAAGUUCUAUACGACAGGGUGCUCUGUUCAGGCUGGCUUAGCACACCCUCUAGGACAGCAGUUCUCAAUCUGUGGGUUGCAACCCCUUUUUAACAAUGAAAAUACAUUGCGGCAUUAGGAAGGUUAAGAACCACUGCUCUAGGAGAUAAGAUGAGCAGAAAAGGCUCCAUAUAUCCUGUGGCCCACUGUGACUUAGCCACAGAGUGCUUUUAUUUCUGUGAAAUACAUGGACACUGGGUAACCACCGGUGUUGUCCACAGGGGAGACUGGAACCCAGAAAGGGGUGACAGCUAUCCAAGGUCAUCCCUCAAUGUGCUCAAGAUAGAGACCCAAACACAUCAUUACUGUUCUCCCCAACUCAUGGCCUAGCCCAUGGUCUGAAGCGAUGCCGGUGACCCCAUGAAGGCCAGUGUCAGAGGAAAUGGAGUAAAUUCUGAGUUCUAGAGGCAGAGGCUGGGCUGCCUCCGGCCCCCAGGGCCUGCCUCAGGCAGAAACAAGGCACAUGGCCAGGUAACCAGGAGAGUGCAGAUCCUUCUGCUUGCCUGCUGGCUCACACGGUCUGGGCUGCCCCAGCUGCAGCAUCCAGGCACACACAUCAUGGACUUGCCCCUCCCCUCCAGCUUCAGAACAGAAUUUAGGAAACCUAGAAAAUACUGAGACAUCAUCCUGUCCAGGGGCUGGUCCAUAGGGCCCACAUUAUGGGACCAGCAUGGACUUGAGUGUUCAGGGAAAACCUCAAUGAUAGGCUCAGCUUGGUGGCCCCUCCAAUAGCUUCUGCUCUCUCUUACUCUGUGUGUCAACAGCCUAGCUCACAGUAACCUCAAACUACUGGGUUCAAGUGAUCCUCCUGCCUUAGCUUCCCAAGUACCUGGGACUACACACAUGCACCACCACACCCAGCUUCAGAUUUAGGUUCUGUUUUUGUUUUUUUUUUUUUUGAGACAGUCUCAAGCUGUCGUCCUGGAUAGAGUGCUGUGACAUCAGAGCUACAGCAACCUCAAACUCUUGGGCUCAAGCGAUUCUCUUGGCCUCCACCUCCCAAGCAGCUGGGACUACAGGCACUCGCCACAACGCCUGGCUAUUUUUUUUGUGGUUGUUGCAGUUCCCAUUGUUGUUUUAGCUGGGUUUGAACCCACCAGCCUUGAACCCGCCCAGCCUCAGUGUACGUGGCCGGCGCCCUACCCGCUGAGCUAUGGGCGCUGCCCAGAUUUAGGUUCUUUAAACUCAGGGUUUUCUUCUUGUAAAAGCCUUUUCCAAAUACAGAUGUUCCUUGGCCUCCUUUGAAAUCGAGGUUUGGAGAAUCAAUGAAAGAAAAUGCUGGUACUCUGGCUACUGCUACUGCUGUAAUAAACUGUCCU